UCUUGAGAAACUAUAAACACAAGCGUGAUUCAUUUUAUGAAAUGUUUGAAACAAUACGCACAAAGCCGCAUUUCUCUGUGGUUUAUGAGACAUAUCUGCUUAGAAAUUUUUCGUUUUAGUAUGCCAGUUCACAGCUCAUGAGACACCGGUACCCUUGUUAGGUUACAUGACUCCUCAAUAAUUCCGUGGAGUUACAUAAACACGGGUAGCUGGACACGUUAACAUGAUUUUAUGAUUAUUUCUUAAUGACGCCUACAUUAUCAGCUUGCCAAAGUUAUAUUACCUAUUAAUUAAUUUAUUUAUUCUGUUGUAUUUCUGAGUCUGCAACCAUGUGGCCAGUGAUCUGGACUGCCAUGCGCACCUAUGCACCCUAUGUGACCUUCCCAGUGGCCUUUGUUGUGGGAGCUGUUGGAUACCACCUUGAGUGGUUUAUCAGGGGCACUCCUAACGCCCCAGGAGAAGAGCGAGGUAUUGCCGAACUACGAGAGGAUAGAAAAUUAGAGGACCUGACAGGUCGAGAUGUCACACAGGUCCUCAGCCUAAAGGACAAGCUGGAAUUCACCCCAAGGGCAGUGCUGGAGAGAAACAGACCAGAAAAGAGUUAAGUUUUAAUAAGUGUCAUGAAAUUCUACAAGAUACCAUGUGAUGAAGUGCAACUUGGCCAACUCAAAUCCAAUUUUGUCUCACCUUGUCCUACUGCAUGUCUCCAGAGAUGAGAACUUGGGAAGCGUAAGAACAAACUGAAUUUGUGGGAUCAUUCUGUCACCCUAAUUACAUGGGGACUUGUGUUGUAAUAUUUACCACGCCAGCAGAUGGAAAUUGACUGCUGAAAGAAUUUUUAAAACUAUCUUUCUUUGUGACUUUGUAAUAUUUAUUUUGUGCCCUUAGGCACACAGACACAUGACUGCAUAGCCCAGGCUCUAACUUGGAAAGCUUUGUUAAGUUUUCUGUGUAUGCUCCAUGACUGAUGCUCAUGAGACUGAAGCUGAAAGAAAGAUCACAUUUGUAAUGUUUGUGUGUGUGUUUGAAUAAAAGUGCAUCUAUGCAAGGCAAUACUUGCAGUGGGAUUAGAAAGUGUUUAAGAAGUUUGAACUUGGUGAAUAAAAGAGAUUCAGAGUGUCUAGAAAAGCUCACUCAUUAAUAGAAUAUUCUGCUAAUUAGUAAUAAUAAGCACAGUGAAUAGUUAGGAAUGUAAGAUGCCUAGUUUUGCCUCAGUUUUCAACGUGUCAGUUAAAAAUGACUGAUAAUUGCACAAAAUCUCUUAUGUGCUAAAUUGUGAGGGAGGUCUGUUGAAAAUACUGGGUCCGAAUAUUUUGAUUUGUCACUGCAGUUUAUCCCUGCACUGUAAUAUAAUUUAAUUCCAUAUAAUAAAUGUAAUUAAGGACA